AUGGCAUACACUUUCGCAUUCGUAUGCACAAUCAGAUGUAAAUCCUUUUUUAUCAUUUAUCAAAAUAUAUGCAUCAAAAUUACAAAAAGAGUUCAUGCAAUUGAUAUCGCAAACUCCAUCUCCUCUCUAUUUUUGAAAUACCUUCAAUUGAGAACACUUAUUUAUAUUGCAUUUGUUAUCUUCUGCUUGCGCUGCUGACAAAAUGACAAAUAUAAAGAGAGCCAUAAUUAUUUAGGCCUAUAA